GUUGUGUUCUCGCGUGAACUUGUGUCCCACGUCAUCGCCCCCUACUAGGGGCCCUAGUAACAUCGGUGGCGUCUUGGGGAGAUAAAGCAACAAGAUGGGUUUGCUGUCAAUCCUUCGGAAGCUAAAGAGCACACCAGAUCAGGAGGUUCGGAUCUUGUUGCUGGGUUUGGACAACGGGGGAAAGACCACUCUGCUGAAACAACUGGCUUCCGAGGACAUCAGUCACAUCACCCCCACACAGGGCUUCAACAUAAAGAGUGUUCAGUCUCAGGGUUUUAAGUUGAAUGUGUGGGACAUCGGGGGGCAGAGGAAGAUCAGACCCUACUGGAGAAACUACUUUGAGAACACUGAUGUACUGAUUUACGUCAUCGACAGUGCAGACAGAAAAAGAUUUGAGGAGACGGGGCAGGAGCUGGCUGAGCUGUUGGAUGAGGAGAAGCUGAGUGGGGUUCCAGUGCUGAUAUUUGCCAACAAGCAGGACCUGCUGACGGCAGCCCCAGCCUCUGAGAUCGCUGAGGGACUUAACCUGCACACCAUCCGGGACCGCGUCUGGCAGAUCCAGUCCUGCUCUGCCCUCACCGGGGAGGGGGUACAGGACGGAAUGAACUGGCUCUGCAAGAGUGUCAAUGCUAAGAAGAAGUAGCACAGAUGUCCGUUUUCACACACCCUGAGCCUUUGGGAGGACAGGGUGUACCUGUGAAUGUACACACUACAUCAACAUGGACUUGAAGAGAGUUUUUAACCGCCUGGCUGGCCUCUACACAUUGUUUACUAAACUACAACUCUCGCUAGAACUACAACUUCCAUGUUGCUCUUCAAAAUGGAGUGGGGGUACAAAGGGAACUCAUCCCAGGAGACCAGAGACGCCCCUCCCCAUCCUAACCAUCCCACCUCCACCUUGUCAAGACAUUCCACCCCAGCCUAACCAUCCCACCUCAAACCCUGUCAAGACAUUCCACCUCAGCCUAACCAUCCCACCUCAAACCCUGUCAAGACACUCCACCCCAGCCUAACCAUCCCACCUCCACCCUGUCAAGACAUUCCACCCCAGCCUAACCAUCCCUCCUUCAAGACACUCCACCCCAGCCUAACCAUCCCACCUCCACCCCUUCAAGACAUUCCACCCCAGCCUAACCAUCCCACCUCCACUCCUUCAAGACAUUCCACCCCAGCCUAACCAUCCCACCUCCACUCCUUCAAGACAUUCCACCCCAGCCUAACCAUCCCACCUCCACCCCUUCAAGACACUCCACCCCAGCCUAACCAUCCCACCUCCACUCCUUCAAGACAUUCCACCCCAGCCUAACCAUCCCACCUCCACUCCUUCAAGACAUUCCACCCCAGCCUAACCAUCCCACCUCCACUCCUUCAAGACAUUCCACCCCAGCCUAACCAUCCCACCUCCACUCCUUCAAGACACUCCACCCCAGCCUAACCAUCCCACCUCCACUCCUUCAAGACAUUCCACCCCAGCCUAACCAUCCCACCUCCACUCCUUCAAGACAUUCCCCCCCAGCCUAAACAUCCCACCUCCACUCCUUCAAGACGCUCCACCCUAAGACAUUCCAGAUCUUGAUACUGUCCUUCACCACAAUAUUAGCCUAUUCACUCACUCUUUACAGGUUGCCCUGGAAACCCAGCUCUCUCUUCUCUCUCUCUCCUAGCUUGGGUGCCAGUCUCAUUAGCUUACAUUCUACUCCUUGUACUCUGUCAUAUUCCAAAGCAUGACAGGACUGGAUUGAUGUUAUCCAGACUACCUUUCUCCCCCUCUCAUCCUUUCUCAUCAUUCUCUCCCUCAUAUUCUCCUUCAUUCAGUUGUUGUUUUUAAUUCCAUGACAAGCUCCUUUCUUGCUGCAGUUCUGUUUGAAGUGAGGUAUAUUUUUGUAAUUCUUUAUUUAUGGUGAAGUAGAGGGUAAUAGAGGACUGUGAGAUGCUCGCAAACAACAGAAACAGUGUGGUUACUAGGACGACAGGGAAACAUUGAAUACUGUGCUUUACUCCCCUGUGUAAAGGUUACGCGUGUUGAUAUGUAAAAACAAAAAAAUACAAAUAAAUAAGAUAUAUAACAGGACAAAUAAAUACACUUUAGGGCUAAUCUGAAAUGGCACCCUGUUACCUAAACAAUGAACCAGUUUCGGCCACAGCACAUUUGAGUAGAGCUCUACAUAGCGAAUAGUGUGCCAUUUCGGACAAAGCCUAUUCAAUCAAAAGGAAAAAAUACAAAUUUUUUGAUGAUCAAUUAAGCAAUAAAGCACGAGGGGGUGUGGUAUAUGGACAAUAUACCACUGCUUAGGGCUGUUCUUAGGCACGACGCAUCGCAGAGUGCCUGGACACGGCCCGUAGCCGUGGUAUAUUGGUCAUAUAUCACAAACCCCCGAGGUGCCUUAUUGCUAUUAUAAACUGGUUAUCAACGUAAUUAGAGCAGUAAAAAUACAUGUUUUGCCGUACCCGUGGUAUACGGUCUGAUAUACCAUGGCUGUCAGCCAAUCAGCAUUUAGGGCUCAAACCACCCCGUUUAUAAUUGUAUAUAACCCUUAUUCAUAUGUUAUGUGCAUAUAGUAGAGUGCGUAUUAGACCUGUACUAUGUAAUCUAUCAUAUCUGCAUAUGUCAUAGGUGUUGAUCGAUUUUAACAGGGUGUAUGACAAAGUUUUUCUCGGUGUGAUGCAUUGUCUUUGGUUUUAGAGGGCAUUUUCACAAAAGGCUUUUUCCUUUUGAAUGUGAUCUGUCCAAGGAUUGAAGGUACGUGAAUAAAAUGUGAGGGGGAAAAAAGAGAGCAUUGUUUUCUGACCUGGCUGUAGAGUGGUAGUAUAAAGAGGCCUCAGCCAAAACACACAAAGUUCUGUGAGAUGUCCUGUGGAGGACUCCACCACUUUACCCCAAACAACACCGCCACCUGCCCAGACCCAUGUCAUUGCCAGUCCCUGGAGACCCCACACCAGAGCCCUCUCCAAAACACUAGUGCCACACACACGGCAGGUGGGGUCAGCUGAUUUUGACAUUUACAGGGCCCAGCUGGUCGGGCCCAUGAAUGGGCCUGCUCUCUGUGUGUGUGUGUCGUGGCUCGCAGCCUUUACAGUUAGCCUAACCACUCUACCACAUUUGACUCCUACAGGCCUAUGUUUAAGUACUAAAGUCAGACCAUAGCUGUUUUUUGGUUGGUUCAGGCCUGCUGCACAUAGUUGUGGGUGUGUCACAUCUGCUACAGGGGAGAGAGCACUGGCCAUAAAACACUGACGUCCAGCUGUGUGUGAGCGAGAAAUGCAUUCUGAGGGCCUGUGGCUGUGGGACUAUAAAAUGUCUCUGCUCUUACAAAGACUCAUUGUGAAACUCUUCUUUCUCUCGCCUCCUCUCGAUUCCUACAUGGGCCACAGGCACUGUGUGAUUUCAUAUGCUGCUAACUGAAUGUGACUUUCCGUCAAAGUGUCUGAUAAAUGAGAUCUUUAUUGUUUGCUUAGAGACGUUAAUCAACAUGUCUUUAAAUCUCUGGGCACAGAGAGGCUACGUCCCAAAUAGCACCCGAUGUCCAACCCUAUGGGUUCUGGUCAAAAGUUGUGCACGACAAAGGGAAUAGAGUGCCAUUUGGGCACAGAGGCAGAGAGAAAUCUAAGGCCUGUUAUCUUCUACACAAGUCUGUUUGAAAGCUCUGAAUGAGAGAACUCAAAGUUCUGUGGUUGUUUUAUCUGUGCAUAGAAGUCGUGUGUGUGGGCAACGUGAGGAGCCAGACGGGGGAGUGUGAUGCCUAUCUUUGUGAGGCGACAGGAUUGCUGCCUUUUUCUCCUUGUGAAUCAGACAGCUGUUCGACAGCUGUGUGUGUUUGAGAGAAAGAGAGAAACCAAUCACCACGCUUCACAGUGGCCCCUUUCUCUUCAACUCACCAUGGCUGAGUUACUAUGAUGACAGAUGAGACAAGAAACAGAUUUCGUAUCCCACCAACAGAUAGUAAAGAGGUUGGCGUUGCACAGGUGAAUACAUAAGAAUGUGCAUCACUUUAAAGUGUGUUAAGAUAAAUCAAACCAUAUACUCAUUGUUUAGUGGUAAUACAGUCUUAGGGGUAAUGGAGUCUUGUGAGUGAAGAUGUGUCCAUUGUCUUUCCCACCGGUCUCCUGGGCUUUUUGCUUCCUUUGUGUUUUUGAUGUUUUAAAUUGCAUGGUUGUGAAUAUGUUCCCGGGCCAGAGGCCACCCUGAAAAGGUGAACUUGUGAAACCAUGCCUUAAUUAAAUAAAUGUUUGAAAAUCA